AUGAUAUUACCAACUGUGUUUCCCGAUGACCGAAUUUUUAGGCCACACGCUUUAGCCCGCGUCUGGCGCGAAGGUCAGAAACGUCAAGUCCAUCUGAUUCGCCUAAUCACCGCUGAUGGUCUGGAGGAGCGCAUUUUGCAGCGUCAAAUCGCCAAGUCGUUAUUGGUCACCACUGCUAUUUCUUCUCUGGCCUCGGGCACCUCGGGUUCCCUCAGCCUCGGAGAGUUGAAGGUACGUUGUCCGCCGCUAUUCUAUAAAUGUCGGGCUGGUAGAGGAAAAAAAAAUUGUGUAGCUUGUACCGUUUGA